CUGAGUCAGGUUCUAACCCCAACCGCUGUCAGUUCAUACAUUUUGACAGCAGUUGGGGUUAGGAACUGACUCAGUUUCGCCUCAAACGAAAACCACAUAAGGCUAUAUAAAUGGUUAGAAGUACUAGGAUUUCAAUAUCAGUUUAACCCCAAAAACAAAUAUGUUUGCAAUUUGCAUUUCGUUGAAGACUCUGUGCAUCCUCGUACUGGCUUUUGCUCUGGUAUCGGCCAUUCCUGCUACCAAUGACGAGACUAUUCUGGGAUUGACAGGAGCCAGUGAUGAUGUACUUAACCCCCAGGAUCCGCAAGCUUUUCUACUCAAAAAGAAAUUACUGCUAAAAAAGCUACUUUUCUGGGGGUAAAAAUAAUCUCCAAAAGUAAUUUAGCUGGUUUAACGUGUGCAAAGAUGCAGUAGCUGCAUCCAAACUUAGAUUAAUUAUUGCUCUAAUGGCAAAACUAGAUAACAUGU